GCGUCCUCUUUGUUCCACGGGGGUGGAGGGCGAAGGGCACUCUGCACGUGCUCAGAGGCGCGCCGAAAACACACACACACACAGAGCAAGCAAGCAACCAACCAACCGGCGUGGCUGCUGUCGCUCCUAAGAACAGGCCAGCAGCGGCGGGAGGCGAAAGGAGAAGCGGGCGAGUCGCUCCGGAGAGGAGUCCCGCCGGCCUCCCCCCGCCUCCUCCGCAGCACGCGCUCGCCCUCCCUCGGCAAAUUGUUGCCAGCUGCUCGGCAACGUGCCCGCCUGCCCGGCUCGCCCGCCUCCUCCUCCUCUGCAGGCGCGAGCCAGGUGCGGCGGCGUGGCCGGGGGGCUCGGGGGCCGGCGGCGGCGAGGGGCGAGGGGCGCCUCCCACGCGGGGGCCCCGCCAGCCGGGAGCGCCCAGACAACAAUAGGCGGCUGACGGAGGCGGAGGCGGAGGAGAGGCAGGCGAGCCGGGCGGGCGGGCAGGAGCGGCGCUCAUGGAGCCCCCGGCCGGGCCUCGCCCUCGUGCCGCCGCCGCCGCCCGCCGCAGGAGCGCCUCAGGCCGGCCGCUGCCCGGGGGGCUGCUUUGCGCGCUGAGCCCGGCGCAGGCGGCUGCGCUGCCCGGGGCGCCGACAGCCCGCCCGGCGACCUGCUGUGGUUGCAGCCGCCGCCGCCGCCAGGCUUAGGCAGGCAGGGCUGCUCUCGGGCGAGGCGAGGCGAGGCGAGGCGCCGCCGGCAGCAGCAGCAGCAGCAGCGAAGCAGGGGAGCAGCCCGGCAUGGCAGGCGGCCAGUGAAGCCAGCGGGGCGGAGAGCUCGCCAAGGCAGGGCUGCCCGCCCUCCUCGCCUUCCUCCUCCUCCUCCUCCUCCUCCUCCAGCGAGCUGUUUGGGGACGAUGCACGGCGGCAGGCGAAGGAGACGGUGACGACGAUGAUGCUGGAGAGCCAGAGCUCCACCCAGGAGAUCGGAGAAGAGGUAGAAGACGGCGUAGUCUACAGCAUUUCACUCAGGAAAGUCCAGCUUCACCACACCGCCAAUAAAGGGCAGCGCUGGCUGGGGUUUGAGAACGAGUCGGCCUUAAACCUCUACGAGACGUGCAAGGUGCGGACGAUCAAAGCCGGCACGCUGGAGAAGCUGGUGGAGUACCUCGUCUCGGCGUUCAAAGGCAACGACUCGACCUACGUCACCAUCUUCCUGUGUACGUACCGGGCCUUCGCCACCACCAAGCAAGUCCUGGACCUCCUCUUGAACAGAUAUGGGAAGUUCCAUCUCCAGAUGAACGGAGACCACCCCAGGCACGCUGUGGACGAAAGGCUGGAGUUGAAAAAUACCAUCUCCUCCAUCCUGGGGGCCUGGCUGGAUCAGUACUCGGAAGACUUCCGCAAUCCGCCGGACUACGCUUGCCUCAAGCAGCUCAUCAUCUAUGUGCGCCUCAACAUUCCCGGCUCGGACCUGGAGCGUCGCGCCCGCAUCCUCUUCUCCCAGUUCCAGCAGCAGGAACGUGUCGAGGCGGAAGCGGAAGCUGCAGAUCCCGGAUGCGCCCUGCGCUUGGAGGAGGAGAACGGCCUGGCCGAGAGCAAACUGGACUUCCUCGCCUUCUCUCCGGAGAUGGUGGCCGAGCAGUUCACGCUGAUGGAUGCCGAGCUCUUUAAGAAGGUGGUGCCCUACCACUGCCUGGGCUGCAUCUGGUCCCAGCGGGACAAGAAGGGCAAAGAGCACCUGGCCCCCAGCAUCCGAGCCACCGUCUCGCAGUUCAACAGCGUCACCAACUGCGUCAUCGCCACCUGCCUCGGGGAGCGGACGCUGAAGCCGCAGCAGAGGGCCAAAAUGGUGGAGCGUUGGAUUGAAGUCGCCCGGGAAUGCCGUAUCUUGAAGAACUUCUCUUCGCUCCGCGCCAUUCUCUCUGCCCUCCAGUGCAACGCGGUGCACCGGUUGAAGAAGACGUGGGACGAGGUGUCGCGGGAGAGCUUCCGUACUUUCCACGAACUGUCAGAGAUCUUCUCGGAUGAGAAUAACCACUCCUUGAGCCGGGAGCUCCUCAUUAAGGAGGGGACGUCCAAGUUUGCCACCCUAGAGAUCAACCCAAAGAGAGCUCAGAAACGGCAGCAGCAGCAGCGAGAGAUGGGUGUCAUGCAAGGUACCAUCCCGUAUUUGGGCACCUUCCUCACGGACUUGGUGAUGCUGGACACAGCCAUGAAGGGCUACCUGGAUGGUGGCCUGAUCAACUUUGAAAAAAGGCGGAAGGAAUUUGAAGUCAUUGCGCAGAUUAAACUGCUCCAGUCCGCCUGCAACAACUACAGCUUUACCCAGGAGGAUCACUUUGUGGCCUGGUUCCACAGCAUAGAUCGGCUCACGGAGGCAGAGAGCUAUGGUUUCUCCUGCGAAAUUGAGCCCCUCUCCGAAUCGGCCAGCAACACUCUGAAGGCGAAGAAGAACACGGGCAUCAUUAAACGCUGGAGCGACCGGCAGGCGCCCAGCGCGGAGCCCAGCGCCAGCAGCAGCAGCAGCUCCCACUCCAAGUCCUUCGACCAGCUGAAGUGCGGGCCGUACGUCUGCAGCGGGGACGCGGCCGACUCGGUCAGCGUCACCUCGGCCGGCUCCAGCAGCUCCGACGUGGAAGAGAUCCACAUCAGCUUCAUCCCCGAGUCCCCUGACGGCCAGGAGAAGAAGGUACAAGACAGCAGCUCGCUGGGCCCCACUCGCGCCCAGGGGGCCAGGUGGCAGUUCUGGGAAUCCACUUCGCUCUCCUCCCUGGACACCUCCGGCAUUGGCUCCAGUUCCAGCAGUGCCUCGUCAUCCUCCGUCUCCUCCACCCCGGUGACGGCUUCGCGCACCCACAAGCGCUCCGUCUCGGGCAUCUCCAGCUACUCCUCCCUCUCGCUGCCCCUCUACAACCAGCAGGUGGACGACUGCUGCAUCAUCCGCGUCAGCCUGGCCGUGGACAACGGCAACAUGUACAAAAGCAUCCUGGUAACUAGCCAAGACAAAACCCCCGUGGUGAUCCGGAAGGCCAUGGCCAAGCACAAUCUGGACAGGGACCGGCCAGAGGACUACGAACUCAUCCAGAUCAUCUCGGAAGAGAGAGAACUGAAGAUCCCCGACAACGCGAACGUCUUCUACGCCAUGAACUCGGCCGCCAACUACGACUUCGUCCUCAAGAAGAGAGGCUUCUCCAAGGCCGUCAAGGUGAAGCACGGCUCCAGCUCCACGCUGCCCCGGAUGAAGCAGAAGGGCCUCAAGAUCGCCAAGGGCAUCUUCUGACCCCGGUUCCCGCGGGACACUUCCGCGCGCAAGCUCGGCCUGAGGCCAGACUUCUUGCUUCACUCCCGGCCGCCCCUCUGUCUUAACAUCGUCCGGUGAGAUGCCGUCUGGGCAGCUGGGCGCGAGUCCGGAAGCGCCGGAUGAAACCAGGAAGGCGGCGGGAUACCGGACCACUGCUCAACUCUCUGUCGGCGGCAGGCUUUCUUUCCCUUCUGUUGGGUCCAGGCCUCUUUUUCUAUGCGAAGGAUUCACGCUGCAGGAUUCACGUUCCCCGCCAGCCUUCCAGGAUGCAAGUGCCCAGAAACGCACCGCCGGAAUCUGCCUCUCCGCCUUAGGUGCCUUCUGCCUCCGCCGGCCGCACUGGUGCUUCUGAGGCUCCGCUCCCCUUUCCCGACCCUCCGCAGAGCGGCAGCCAGCGAGGUGGAAGGCCAUGGCGGUUGGACGGGGGAGAGGAAGGGCAAGCUUGUCCGCCACGGCACCGGAUCGGCGCCUCGGGGUUGCCACUGGCCAGAACACCCCAAAUCGUCCUCUGGGAUGAGCUGGUGUCUUUACUGCAAUGCACUUUGGGGAGAUGGACUGGAAAAGGGGCAUUCCCCCCUCGCCACUCCCAUAUGGCCACGGAGACGCUGUGGGCAUGGCGAUGUGGCUUCUCUGGACCCGAGCCGGUUGCCCCACUCGGACGCUUCAUUUCCACACGGUUGUGUCUGCUGUUGUUGUUGUCGUUGUGUGUUUUUUAAGGACUCGACUGCACCAAAGAUCAACUGGCAGUGUAUUUUUCUAGACCAGCCCCUCUGCUGACCCCGUGGCGGCAGGAGUGAAGGGGACCCGUUUCUGUACAGAUGCGUUGUAAAUAAGGUUUUUGGGGUGGAGUGGCCACACACACACACACACACACACACACCCUCCCUGUGUUUCUGUUGCCUCUUGGGAAAGGGGCGCUCGUGUUUUGCGUUGGGAUGGACUGGAAACUCCGGCAAUGAAUUUAGGGCCUGAGAAACUGUAUUAUGACGUGAUGGGAUUUUGUAGAGAAUGGGAAAGAACCCCACUGAAUUGACUGGUUUGGGGUCCCCACCCCAGUAUUUAUUGGGUGUAUAUAGACCCGUUGGAUUUGUACAUUUUACUAACACUGUUUAAAGUCCAUUUUGUGCGGUCACUUUUGUGUGCUCAAGCGUCUCUGGCUGCGUGAAUGGGGAAGACAGAAUGGCUUCUGCCGGCUGGGAGUUAGAGCUGGGCGGCUGAACCCUGAGUCUGUUGGACUACAACUUCCACCCCCCUCAGUCGCUGUGGAUGAUGGGAGUUGUAGUCCUGCAGCCUCUGAGGGCACCCUGCUUUAGAGGGGAAAUAGUUGCUUCUCGUUUCUUUACCACUAAAAAUGGCCAGGCUGAAGGGGUCCUAGAUUCUAAAUCACUAAACAGAAACACUAACGAAAGGCAGUAUGCCUCUUCCCACCUGGAUCAUCUCUAAUCCCUAAAUGCAGCUGGCUCUUUGCGUGCAUGGCUGGUGAGGUUUUCAGGCUGGUUGUGGAUGGCAGCAGCAGUGUGGGGUAUGGUAUAUGCCACUGCCCUUUCCUUUUCAAGCCUUAUCCUGAAAAGGUACCGAGUUCGGUUCCUGACACUACAGGACUCCUGUGGACCCGAUUAUGGUGACGCUGUGGAACCCGGAGGUUUGUAGGGUAUCUUAAUAUCUAGAUAUCUAACAACUAGAUAUCUUAAAGGGCAGGACUGGAAGAGGAGCGAUCAAUAUCUGGGUCUUGAGUGUCUGUCCAGUGGCGUUCUCCUGAGGUUUUAAUAGUUUCAGGAGGCCAGCUUUCCCCAAACCCUUUUUAAUCCUCAGAUGUUAAGCGUUCUCUCCCAGGAGCCCGAAGAAGGGGAUGCUUGACCUGGAUGUGGUUGCAGGCAGGGUGAUCUGGAGUCCUUUCAAACAAAAAAGGAGUACCUGGGAAGUAACUGGUUUUACUCUGCAUAUGAAGGGAGUGCUGUCUCCUUGAAGGCAGGAGUAGGGAGUAUUUUCCUCCCCCAGUUAUCUGGGUCUCUCUUUCCCUGUGCCCCUUGGGCAUUGUCACCUUUUCAUGCUAUUUCUCUAACUGCGGAUAAUGUUGGAGGCUUCCUUUGUUGUCUCCUUGGGGCCGAUUCUGAGGGUAAUGGAAUCAGGCACAUUACUGCUUUUUUCAAGUUGGUAUUAUAUAUACCCACUGGCAGAGAACAUCUCCUACUAGAAGGCCAUUUUUUUUCAAAAGCCCUUGAAUAUUAUAGUGCAAAAUAUGUCGGUAACAGAAUCAGAAUUGGAGCUAUUGCUUCUGAUUCCGUUACCGCAUAUGUGUUGCACAUUUCAGACACAGUCUAUAAUACUGAAGAGUUUUGGGUUUGUUUGUUUUUAAAAAAGAUGGUCUUGUAGUCGGAGGUGUUCCCUUGCCAGUGGGAUAUAUGUCAACCUGGAAACUUGUUGGUGCCUAUAGUCACUGAAAGAAUGGCAACGUGCCUGGUUCCGUUACUCUCAGAAUUGCCCCAUGGAGACUCCAACUAAUCGGACCCUGUCCUGUUUAAUCUCCUAGGAAGAGGGGAGCCUGUGGCGUUUUAUUGCUGGUCAUCAGCAAGGAUUCUCUCUUUGGAUCCGCUACGACGUUCCCCAGCAGGGAGUUGGUGGGUGGAAGGGGAGCAAAAAUCCUCGGACGUCAAAGUGGGACACAUCUGAGCCACAGGGCUGGCUUUUGAACUGAUGCUGUUGCCGGUUGUCUUAAAUUCUCUCUCGCUCGCACAUUCCUUUUGCAUCCUUCCUCUCUCUCUCUCUCACUCUGCGAGCACUUUUCAUGACAGGGGAAAGAGCACCCCCUUUGCUCCCCACUCUUCCUUGGGGCGCACGAUCAGACUCCACGGCAUCCUUGCCCCGAUGGGUAUGUGAGUGGGGCGUGUGUGUAUGUGAGAUUUGUGCAGGUGACUCUUUAAGUGCGGUAUGUUUUGUAACUUGCCAUGAAGUAGCACACUACCUGGUGUGAUGUGUAUACAGUACAGCGAUGUAAUUUAACCUUUUCAAUAAAACACCAAUGUUUUGAUACUA